AUGGUCGACAACAAUGGCCGCAACACCUUCCACGUCUCCGUCACCAGCGCCAUGGAGAACGCUCUCCGAUGCCUGAUCUGCCUUGUCCGUCCUGCGGAGCUUCUUAACCGCAUCAACAUCAACGGCCACACGCCACUGCACCUCGCCGCCAAAAUAAACCACGUUGAGCGCGAGCUGCUGCUUCUCAAUGACCGCCGUGUAGACCCCUACGUCCACGAUGGAGAUCGCCUGAUGGCACGUUGCCUCGUCGAGAAAUGGAUGCGCACCGGCAUGACGGAUACCUACCAGAUGCACUUCUGGAAUCAGCUCAAGCAGAAGGAGUCCAAGAUGGGCAAGGGGUAG